GAGAGCCAUGGAUUGCGAUUCGCAACGAAUGUGCACAAAUGUGUGCCGCAAUUGAUGAUCUUCCUUCGCAGCGAAGAAGACUGACUGCCCAUUACCCUCACACCGACAAGCAGCAGCGCUGUCGAGGAGGAGGAGGAGGCGAGCACCUGCGAAGAAGAGGAUUGAUUGACGACCAGCACCUCCUGCAUCACGACAUGGCAGCGACGAUGUGCUCCAGCAGGAAGCUCUCUACGCCGCCUGCAUUCGCCCAUGCGUUCUACACUCGCAGCGCUGCAUCGGCCCAAUGCGCAUCGUUGGGUCACAUUUCACGUCCCUGGGAACUGACCACAUCCAAUUCGGUGCCCGCAUUGCGGUGCCUGCGCCUGCAAACGGGCGGGCGACGAGGGGUUGAAGUGCGGGCGGGCAAGGGAUUUGGGGAGCUGCUUCAGAGGAAAAGGAAAGGUGGCGCGGAGGAGAAACUCAAGGAGUCUUUGGGUUGUCCCUGUGGAGGCGGGGACGAGCGUCGGGAGUAUAGCGACUGCUGUGCUCGCUAUCACGGCGGUGUCGUUGAACCGGACGCACUUACUCUUAUGAAAGCGAGAUUCAGUGGGUAUGCGCGGAGCAAAGUGGGCUACGUUGUCAGAACCACGCACCGCGAGAAUCCUGACUUCGGAGAUGAGAAGACACUUGCGGCUGACGUCCGUGCCACUUGUGAACGAUUACGGUUCACCAGGCUUGAGAUCCUUGAGUUCGAAGAGACUUCAGAAGAUGAGGCUUUUGUCUCCUUCCGAGUGACUUACUCGGUGGCGAAAGGAGGAAGGGCAGGAGACAAGCAGUACCUCGUCGAGAAGAGUCGGUUCGUGAAUGAAGACGGUCGGUGGUUGUACCGUGACCGUAUCCCCAUCUCGCAAGCCUCCGAAGCGGCAUGGCUUGCUUCACCAAUCCCAACAUGUUGAGAUUGCUCGCAAGUCCUUCAGCAAGGGCAGGCCACAAGCAGGCCUGCCGCCACGCAAAGUCUGAUCUUCCUUCUUCUCUUUGUACAGUUUAGGGUUACAACCAUUCUCCGUAGCCAUAGCUUGCUGGCUCUGGAUUAGGCCAGCUUAGGAGACACCUCCCCUACGAGUGAUGCUGUUGACACGGCGACAGAUUUAAAUGGAAUUUCUCAUCUUGGAACCCUCCGACCUUGUGUUCUGUUGUGUAGGUGGAAGGAGUCAGAUGGAUGUGAUGGGCUUGGUAACAUAUCUGCUCAGCUACUCACUCUACUGUACUGAUAGAAUCGUUAAUGAAAGUUCUGCGUAUCAGUACAAAUACAUUUUAUUACGAAGUUUAUUCCUUAUCAUUCACACUUAUUCCCACAAAAAAAUCCUUAUCAAAGCUGAUAACCCAAAGGAUGAAAAAGGCGACCCGAGCACAUCUCCGCAGAGUAUCAACCCAGGGUCUUGAUCCCGGGUAGGUGGAAUUUCUAGGGGUAUGAGGAUCCACCAUUCUGUGUGCUGGUCGACUAGGAUUAGUGGAUGGAUCACUUUUUACUGCCGUUGCCGACCUGUAUCUCCUGAGCAUAGCGCGUUUAAAGGCAGUUUGGUAUUGCGCAUCGUGUCUGCCGCUUCGUCUCUGAAGGUUUUGGUAUGAAGCAGAAAAGAAACCUAAAGCAGAAGUGAUAUUAUGGCACUUCUGUUGCUGGAAACUCCAACUGGAGCUCGAAAAUACUACCGACUUACGAGGCUCAAAUGGAGCGUAGUAUGCGCAUUAUUUCAAGGUGGUUGAUUCUAGAUUUCAAUACAACAAUAGGUCUUUUGUGUUUUGAAACUAGAUUUCUUCUCCAGACCAGCGGCAGUCACGAUUGCUCUUCUCAGUUGAGGUGAUUAUAAAAUUUCAUAUCAUACUCUGCUGCAA